AAAUGGCUGGCAGACGAAUUUCCAAGUCCCUAAUCGACUGGGCGGCCUUCGCCGAACGAGUCCCUCCACAUCAGAUGGACUAUUUUAGGGCCUUCAAGUCCAAAUCUGAUCUUUUCGUUUCCAAGGUCCACCGUUAUCCAGAAAAUAUCCCCAAAAUAGAUUUUGCAUUUUACAAAUCAAGGAUUGCUAACACUGCUCUGGUGACCGAAUUUGAGAGAGCUUACUCAGCUGUUUCUGUUCCUUUCCCCAAAGACAAGAAUAACUUGAGGGCUGUCGUUGAUGAAGAAGAAAAAGAAGCAAUGGCAGAAAGCAAGAAGCUCAUUGAGAAUGCCCAGAAGACCAUCAGUGAAUCCAAAGAUUUGCUAGCAAAGAUUGAUUCAGUGCCCCACCUUGAAGAGAUGACGGUCGACUUGCAUGCUUACUACUUCCCUGAUGACGCCCACAAUCCCGAGAAGCCUGCCUUCUGGCCAUUCACCAAAUCCUACCAGCCAGAAAACGACCCGCACACCAUCAAAUAAUUAAUUAACAGAUCAGAAUUGGGUUUAGGAUUAUUUUAUUGUGAUUGAUUAAUUGUAAAAGAUUAAUCAAGCAAAAUGAAUGGAAGUUAAAUAACAUUAAAGACGAAGACAACUAUGGUGGUGAUGAUAAUAAUUAUAUAGUUAGUAAUCUGUUUUGGCUUUAAUUUUUAACAAAAUAUUGAAUAGAAAAAACCUCAGAUUAAUAAA